AUGGCUUUACAACAGCAAUUAGUCCCGGGGUUCUAUUCACCCCCGGGGAUUGUGUCAGAAAAGUUUCAACAAGUCUUUCCUCGAGUGGAUGCACGACCAGUCCCAACGAGGCGUCCCAAGACUCCGGAUGCUGAGGUUGAGCUGUUUGACCUGACACCAAUUCAGCAAGAGAUUAUCUCGGCCCUCGGUUUUCAAGCAGCGUGGACCUCGUUUACAUUCGAGAUUCCCGAUCAAAUGGUCCUCAGCAUUGAUCGUCUCCGAAUGACUUGGCAGGCUGUUGCGGCACAUCAUCCAUUGCUUCGAACUGUCAUUGUUCCCAGUGAGGAUGGCACUGGGCCCUACCGACAGCGAGUAGUGUACCAAGUUCUACCUAUGGUACUCGGUGCUUGGGAGCCAAUUUCCACCAGUGUGCCCUACUUGGUCUAUGAUGAAGCGAGCGUGAACCGCCCGACAUUUUCGCUUCAUUAUCAUCGUGCUCUGAUUGAUGCAAAAUCUCUCCUUCUCAUCUGGAACGAUUUCGAACUCUUUUUUCAUGGCUUUCCCUUUCCAUCACGCAUUCCCUUUAGCACGUAUGCUAAAGCCAUUGCCAUUCGAGACAGUCAGAAGGCCUCCACAUUCUGGAAUGGUUAUCUCCAGGGAUAUUCUGGGAACCGCUUGUCUGAACGCCCCAUUACUGGACAGAAAAACGUUGAAACGAGUGUGUGCGGCGAUGUCAGCCUUCUCUCUCGAGCAAAGGAGUUCGCACACGAGUAUCAAGUCAGCGUCAAAGCGGUGCUCCUUGCCGGCUGGGCUGUCACCUUUUCCCGCCAUCUGCAGAGCGAUGAUGUGGCCUUUUAUACCAACCUUCGGGAUUGCAGCUUUGACGCAGAAUAUAUCGUUGGUCCAAUGGAUGUGACCGCUCCUCUUCGAAUUCAACUUUUGGACAACGAGUCCACACUCGAGGCUCUCUAUAGAUUGGAAAGCGAAAAGAGAACUGUUUCUCAAUAUUCCUAUGUGGGAGGAAGCGCCAUCAGGGAGUACAGCCAAAGCCAAGCCUCCCUGACGUCCAUGUUCACUGUUCGUGAAUCAGAGAUCCCCAUGCACAAAGUUGAGGUCCUCGACGUUACCACAGAGACAACACUCAACUUUGCAACUGGGCAACUCUCCCUGGUCCAUGACCCGAGUUACUCAUCGGCCCGAGCCAAGAUCAUUUUACAGCACUUCUGGGAAGUCCUCCAGCAGAUCAUCACGGGCCCAUACGACCGGUUCAAGAGUUUGAGUCUCACGUCCGAGCAAGAGAAAAGCUCCCUGUUGAGCUUUAGGUCUUUGCGUGGAAAUGUCUCCCCUCAGAUGGUGCAUAACCUGAUUGAGAAACAGGCUCGUGACAAUGGAGAUGCUCCAGCUCUACAGUUUGAACUUAGCGAAUUCAUGAACUUUGUUCAGCUGAAUGCUGCUGCAAACCGUGUCGCUCAUCGUCUCACUGGGUUGAUGUCGACAGGGGCCAUCAUUCCGGUUCAUAUGGAUGUAUCCGUCCAGUUUGUGGUUGUUCUCCUGGCUAUUCUGAAGGCGGGAGGUGCCUAUGUGAUUCUUGAUCCCUUCCAGCCACCAUCUCGCAAAGCAUACAUUCUCAACGAUGUCAAGGCACCAUUCUACAUGACAAAUGGGGCCCCUAUCGAAGGGAUUACAGAUGUGUCGGCUUACUCAAUUACGGAUCUCAUGCAGGGUUCCACUCCCGAUGCGGAAAUCGAUUUGGGCUUAUCUCUGGACCCUGAGCAGCCUGCAUAUAUUAUUUAUACCUCGGGGUCUACCGGUGUUCCUAAGGGCGUGGUAUUGAGUCACCGCGCGGCUUCCACUGGAAUUCUCUGUGCUCCAGAUAUACCCAACGACCGCAGCCUGCUUUUCUACAACCCCAUCUUCUCAGCAGCCCAGAGAACCAUUCUGUCUACUCUGGCCAAGGGUGGCUGUCUCUGCCUGGCAAGUCGAUCAACCCUUCAAGGGUCUCUGAUGCGCUUCAUCAAUGAUAUGAAGGUCAACACUCUUGGCAUUACGUCCUCAACCAUUGCGCUGUUAGAACCCGAGAAGAUACCCACGCUGCAGAGAAUCAACCUCACGGGUGAAUCACUAGACCCUUCCGUUGUUGCGCGCUGGGCCAGUCAUAUCGAGCUGAAGAACAACUACGGUCUCAGUGAAUGCACACAGCUCACCUGGGGAAGACGCAUGUUUUCGGGAGAAAAGCUGUCGAGUCAAAAUGUUGGACAGCCACUGGACACCACAUCUGCCUAUAUUCUGGACCCCGAUACAUCGAACCUAACACCAUUUCUGGUUCCAGGAGAGCUGUGUCUUGAAGGUCCCCAGAUUGCGAGCGGCUAUCUGAAUCGCAAAGAACAAACGGAGAAGGCGUUUGUUGAUAGCCCUUUCACUCCGGGAUGCAAGCUCUAUCGGACUGGCGACAUGGCAGUUCGACUGGAAGAUGGCACAGUUGAAAUUGUCGGCCGGAUUGACUUCCAAACCAAGAUCAACGGUCAGCGAGUAGAGCCUGGUGAGAUCUCGGCUCUUCUUCGUCAGCAAAGCUCGGUUCGUGCAGCAGUGGUAGUGGCUGCCACUGUUGAGCAAGAAAAGGCUCUCGUUGCUUGCAUCUCGCCGAGUGAUACAUCACUAUCCUGGCCUCAAGUUGUCUCCAGCCUCCGAACAGCAACAUUGGCUAGUCUCCCGUCCUAUAUGACGCCUGCGUACUGGAUGCCAUUCGACGACCUACCGGUCAAUAGCAAUGGAAAGACGGAUGUGCUGCAACUUAGGAACAAAAUCCAAGCAAUGAAGCGUUCCGAUCUUAUUGGUGCCUCGCUGGAUAUAGAGGAAGUUCAACGAGAACUCUCUGACGUGGAAAAAGUGCUCCAGCUGGCCUGGGCUAAGGUCCUUUCUCUUCCAUCUGAGGUUAUCACAAUCAAUCAGUCGUUCCUGGCGCUGGGAGGUGACUCACUCAAGGCCUUGCUUGUCAUUUCGGAAUUAUUGUCCCACAACUAUGUCGCAGAGCUUGGCGAUAUCCUUCGCGCAGACUCCUUGGCUACAGCAGCGUCUUCCUUGACAUAUCAAGAAAAUGCAUCCACAAACCAGGAUUCACCGACACCUUUCAGCUUGAUACCGGACGAAACGGACGUGGAUCGGACAACAUUUGAGGACGCAUACCCUGCUACACCUUUCCAAGAAGGUAUCAUCUCGGCGCAUAAGAGUGCAGGGGGAUAUGUGUAUCAUCGCAUGUUUAACAUCAAAGGGUACGACGCGUCUCGACUUCAGCAAGCGUUUCAGAUGGUGAUUAACAAUAAUGCCAUCUAUCGAACUGGGUUCGUGCCGCAUGGCACGGGGUUCUUGCAGAUGGUCCAUCGAAAGUUUGAGCUACCUUGGGACAUUGUCAAUGAUACAUCCUCCAUCGAUUCCUAUGUAUCACAGGUUCGGAAGCAAGAUAUGGACAUCGCCGAACCUCUUGUUCGCGCAGCCAUCCUGAAUGGUCACAUCCUCGUAAUCAUCAUGCACCACGUGUUGUUUGAUUUCUGGUCAUCCAAAUUUCUCGUCCAAGAUGCUGCAGCCAUCUAUAACAAUCAGACUGUGGCUUCUCGGUUGUCAUUUAACAUGUUCGUGCGGCACUAUCAGCAGCGAGUGGAUGAGAAGGCGGCCUCAGAGUUCUGGUCUGAUUACUUCCAAAAUACUUCUGCUACACGUUUGACUACGGAGGCCAUGCCAUUCAAUACCGUUAGCCGGAUGUUUCGUCAGAGCCUCCGGGAAUUUUCGGCAUCUGCAGGGGUCACCCCGGGUGCUCUCAUGUACGCUGUAUGGUCAAUCAUACUGUGGAAGCAUACCGGGAAUUCCAAUGUCACCUUUGCUGUGACCCUGUCAGGACGUGAUGCUCCGAUUGUUGGAGCUCAGGAUCUGAAUGGCCCGACGAUGACGACUGUGCCUGUCCGAAUCCAACUGAAACCUACAAUGAGCCUCAUGGAAGUCGUUGCAUUAGUGCAAAACGAGCUCUGGAAUGUUGCCCGCUUCUCUCAGUUCGGGCUCCGGAGAGCAUUGAAAGCAUCUGGCCAGGACCCUAGUCUAUUUGAUUCAAUGGUCAACUUCCUUGUCAAGUCAGAUACCAGUCAAGAUGCAACUGCCUUAAAACCAUACGGGGAAAGACCCAUCUGGAAUACUGGUUUCAACUCGCUAGAGAUUGAAGAGAUGGCAGGUGGAGAGUUUGAACUUCGUUUUUCUGGAUAUUUGGAACCCAUCCGGACCAAGUUUAUCAUGGAAGAAGUUGCACUAUUGCUCGAAACCAUGGUCAGCAACGGCGAAAAGCCGCUAAAAGAUGUGGACAUUAUCCCCACCUCGGAGGCCCUAUUCCUCCAGCAGAUGUCUACAUUGCCUACUACCACGGACGCAAAGUUUCUCCACGAGCGCUUUGAAGUAAUCGCCUCGGAGGCGGGGGAUCGUGUGGCCAUCGAGUUCGAAAAGACCGACCCCGUCAGCUACCGGGAGUUGAACAGUCGGGCUAACCAGUGGGCGAGGUAUCUAGCCCAGGAGGGCAUUGGGGCGGACUCGUUGGUUCCAGUCUGUUUGCCCAAAUCUGUUGAGAUGAUCACUAUCAUUCUGGCGAUCCUCAAGGCAGGAGGAGGCUUCGUCCCACUGGAUCCUGACAACCCUCCCGAGCGAAACAACUUCAUUGUGAAAGACGUGUCUGCCACCAUCGUCCUGACAGAAGAAAGCCUGCGUGAAAUCUUUGAUGAAUCUGACUCCGGGGUGAAGGUUGUUGAUAUUUACAACACUAAUGUCUUGGACUUUGCUGAUAGCAAUUUGGACACGGCCUAUCUGGAGCCUCACCACCUGGCAUACGCCAUCUACACGUCCGGCUCGACGGGGCUUCCGAAAGGUGUACUGGUGCCUCACAAAUCCAUCGCCGCUGGCAUCGAAAGUAUCUCGACGGCAGAGAGUUGGCAGCCUGAGUGGCGCGUCCUGCAAUUCUCCAACUAUGUAUUCGAUGUGUCUGUCGGCGAUAUCUUUUGCACACUCAGCGCAGGCGCUACCCUCUGCAUGGCUUCCAUGGAAUCUCUCCUCUCCGACAUGGCACAGGUUAUCAACUCGAUGGGAGUGAACCGACUCUUCCUGACACCCACUGUCGCCAGGUUGGUUCACCCGACUGAGGUGCCAGGUGUGGAGGGAAUAUAUUUGGCUGGAGAGCCGGUGACCCCCGAUCUUGUGGAAACUUGGACUCCACACUGCGUGGUCAUGAACUGCUAUGGGCCAACUGAGGCAUCCAUUCUAGCAGCAGCUGGCUACAUUGAACACGGUGGAAAUGCUCGAGUCAUCGGACAUCCGCUUCAAAACUGCGCCGCCAUGAUCCUGGAGCUCGACAGCCUGAAGCUCGCGCCAUACGGAGCUGUUGGAGAGCUCUGCCUCAGUGGUCCCCAAUUGGCACGUGGUUAUCUCAAUCGACCCGAAGCGACCGAACAGGCCUUUGUCAUGCGCGGGGCUGACCGUAUUUACCGGACAGGAGAUCUUUCCCGAUGGCUCAGGAACAAGCGCAUCGAAUGCUUCGGGAGAAAAGAUAGUCAAGUCAAGAUCAAUGGGCAUCGGAUUGAGUUGGGCGAAAUUGAGAGCGCCAUCCUCAAGACAAACGAAGUCCAACACGCGAUUGUGAGCGUGGUGGAGAUUCAAAAGAAGAUGCAGCUGGCAGCCUUCUGCGUGGUCGAUUCUGAGAAUCCCAAUGGUAUCCUACCUGCAGAAGAAUGCCUUGAGACCUUGACAACUGUGAGCAUCAGUUUGACCUCCCUGCCGCCAUACAUGGUUCCAACAAUCUGGAUCCCCGUUGGAACACUGCCUCUGCUUCCUUCCGGAAAGACGAACCGGAAAAAGCUCCUGGAGUGGGUCAACAGCAUGGACAGCAAUGAGCUACAACAGUAUUCCAGUGCGGGCGCCCAGGCCGAGUUUGUCGCACCGGUCACCGCCGAGGAGAUCCUUCUGCAGGGCCUCUGGGCAGGUCUCUUCCACAAAGAUCCCAGCGAUAUUAGCGCAACCAGCCCCUUCUUUGCUCAUGGUGGGGACUCCAUCUCAGCAAUGAACCUGGUCAGCAAGUGCAAGGGUGCAGGGUAUGUCCUCGCGGUCAGCGAUGUGCUUGCCUUUCCACUCCUUCAUGAGAUGGCUCGUCGCAUGAGGCCUGUCAAGAAGGGUUCUACCAAGGUGGAAAGAGUCUCUUUCGUGGCGUCAAAUGAGACUUACGCGACUCUUGCUGGGGCGGGAGUCCACCAGGCGGAUAUCGAGACCAUCUACCAGGCUCCCCCCGGAGUUGAGGAUUUCCUCGUCCGUGGCGCCAAGGCUGAGCAGUUCUGGCAAUGCCAAACUGUGCGGCCUUUGCCGGACGCGAUCGAUUUCGAGCGCUGGAUCGAGACCACCACUGAACUUACGGCAAGAAACGAGAUUCUACGCUCCAUGUGGUUGGAGGUGGAUGGCACCUGGCUCCAAGUUGUGUUGUCUAAGCCGGUUCUGGAUCUGCAGGUCAUUCCUUGUGAGUCUGAAGAUGACAAACAGGAGAAGAUCAACCAGACCUGGGACGGGGCGUUUGAGAUCGGGAUGCCUUUCAUCCGUUACCGUCUCUUUGUUCUACCGAAUGGAGAGCGCGAACUGCUGCUCAAGAUACACCACGCUAUGUAUGACGGGACCCUGCUUCGCAUCUUCGACGACGAAUUCAAGGCUCUUUACAAGAAGCAGCCGGUUCCGGAGACAGUGUCCUUCCGUGACUAUGUGGACUAUAUGGCGUCAACUGACUCUGAGAAGUCCCUAGUCUUCUGGAAGGACCUGUUGCAGGAUAAUUUGCCACCGUUCCCUGAAGCCAAGCAUCCCAUCGCUUCGGUACUGAAGAUCACCAGCACAGACCGCAAGGUCGAUUCCUUCGCGGCACACUGUGGUAUUACCGUUCCCAUCGUCUUCCAGACAGCCUUCAGUCUUCUUCUCUGCCGCCUCAGUGGUCGCACUGACGUCACCUACGACAACUUGAUUACGGGCCGCAAUGUCGACAUGGAGGAAGCCCAGACCAUUGCGGGCACUUGUGCCAACUUCCUCCCUUGCCGAAGUGUGUUUAGUGAAGAAACCACAAUCAGAGAACUUCUGAAGGACACCCAGUCGCUCUUCUGGACGUCAACCGAGAACGGCAACGUCAGUCUCAAUGACAUAUACGGGUCCAUGAACCAGGAUCGGGAUACCUCCGCCUCUCGCGCAUUGUUCCUAUUCCAGCCAUUUGACCAGGCCCCUCCCACGGCCAAUGUUGUCGAGAAACAUAUGCGCUGGAUGGUAAUGGCGCUCAGCAAGGUGCGCAUGCCUAUCGACUACGCACUGCAUCUGGAGGUUUCCAAGACGCCGGUCGGGUAUACCUUGAAGUUCAAGUAUGACCCGGGGCUUUACAGCGACGAUCAGUUUGCCGGUCUCAUGGAAGCGUUCUUGGACAUUCUGGAGAAGAUGAUGUCGCAUUCUCGAAGUCGGGUGAUGACUAUUGUUUGA